GUGUGCGCGCAAUUGCGGCAGUGCAAGCUGUGCGUGCUGAUAUCUAUGAGAAGAACUUCCUCAUCCGCAACUCUCAAGAGGAAUUCCGGCAGAUAUUGGAGGCUGACAUAGACGAAGCACACGACUAUCUCGCUUCUUUCGAAUUGUUGCACCCGGUGCCGAGUGGGCUUGCGGACUUGGUCAUUUCGCACCUAGCCCGGCAGGUCAUGAAGAUUCCAUCUCGUGACAAACGGUUAAAGUGGUUACGUGGCCUGCGGCGUCUACUGCCUCUGCAGCAGCAGUCAACGUCUCUAGUAGAGCGGCGAAUCGGACGUUGUAAGAACAACGCGCGUGCCACCGGAAUUGGUGGUGCUGUCGGCGUGCCAACGAUGGACACUCGCAGCAACCGAAAAGACUUCUUCAACGAGCGAGCAGAAGUCACUCGACAGCUUGCGGAGUGGGACGUCCGUGAGGGUAAUCUGCAAGCAGGCGCCGACGGAGGUGUCGAUGGAGAAGGAGAGCUGACUGGCGACCCUGUCGGACGUUACGCUGUACCGCGAGACUAUGACGUUCGGCGGCGCCAUAUCGCGCAGCUAGACGAGGUUCGAAAUUUACGCUGCAAGAAAGACCGCCUAUUGAUGUUGAACAAGCUAGCAACAAGCGGCAAGUACGACCACAUCACAGCAUCCUGGGAAGAGAAGCAUGGAGCAGCAACAGGUGUCGACGCAGAUGAAUCUGGUGGAGAGGAGGACGAGGAGGUGGAAGAACUGACAACACGAAGCACACUUGAGGCAGAGCAGCGUUUCUACGACAGGAUCGAAUCAAGAGUGAUGGAUCUCGUGCGCUCUCGCGUGCUUCCGUAUGACUGGGGCCCAGCCGCACUAGCACGUCGCACCGAUCGCAGUCAGCAGUUCAUUACUCGAAUCGCCGACGACAUGACAAUGGUCUCACGCAAGCCGACUGCCUGCUAUGCGAUAGGCAGAGUUCUGCUCCGUGUAUCUCAGCGUCGGAAGGAGGGCGCGCCCUUGGAAGAGAUCAUGGGUGAACUUGGAGGCUUCGACGCACCGAAUAUUCCGCAAGUGGACCCAGAGAGCGACGAAGAACCAGACAACGACGUGGAAGCUGACCAAGCGAAAGUUGAUUCUUCGGCCGAUAAAGCCCUUGAUCCGGCAAGUGUCCUUGGUGUCGGUCUAGUCCUUUCGUUCAAGCGCGGCACCCCUGCAGUUCCAACACUCUACAACCUAGUCGGGAUUGAUUUGAAGACCUAUCACUUCCGCGCAUUACGCCUCGAGAAAAGUGGCUCGGAUGCGGCAAGCGGUUCCAGCCAUUACCGUGUGACGGAUGACGUGAUAACAUCUCUGGCGCUAAGCAAUAAGGAGGUCGACUUGAGCAGUGUGAAGAUCUACUUGGGCAACGUCGUGGAGAGUAAGAGCACAUUCACCAUUGAAGUUUCUGGGCGUGAGGUCGAGCAGCCGCGGGCAAGGCCACCCGUGCAGAAUGUGGCUGUAUUGCCAAAGCAGGCUGUUCCGCAAAACAAGCUGGAGAGACGACUGCUGGAGAUUCGUCAGGAGGCAGCACGAAAUCCAUUCGUGCCAGAGAACAAUCAGCAUGCAAAACUACUCAACAGGCCGUUGAAGCGAUUCGCACCUCCACCGGCGGCGCCGAAAGUGCCAGCGGAGAAAGCAGCCGUCGAAGGAUCACCCGCAGCGAAAAUCCGAAAGCCGACUGUCGAACUGAGCGAACGGGAGAAGCGUGUUUUGGAUAAGCAGAAGAAGGAUCAACACGGCAAGCUCGAACGGAAGUGGGAGGUCGAAGGCUUCAGCAUCAAGCUAGUUGGAGAUAAGACUACAGCAAAGAACAAGGGCCGCGUCUAUGACCGAUAUGCCUGUAGAAUCACCGACCCAGAAUAUCAGAAGCUCUUCUUACAACUGCAGGCGCGUGGAACGAUCAACCUCAACUGCAGAGCGCGCAAGAAUGCUGCCCGGUACUACUCCUUCGGGAAGAACGAGGAGCUGCUUGGUGAAGCGUGGGCAACUCUGUGGUGUGCACGCACGCAGUACAUCCUAGACCACUGCCGCUCGUACAUCCGGCAUGGAGGCUUUAAACGCGAGGGAGUGGCGCAGAAGAAGCUGGAAUACAUGCGAGCGAUCGGCCCUGCAGUAUCGACAGCUCUUGCAGCAUGUGCAGGCGAUGCAACAAAGCGAGACGAGAUGAAGAAGAUCUAUAUCAUUUCAGACGAAGAGCUCGAGAGGCUUGACGACGCAGUGCGUGACACGCCUGGAAUCUACAUCCGGGAGGACUAAGGCUGAGAAGAACAACUCGUGUCAGAGUUAGCUCGCGUAGCUGUCUUGCUACCAGCCGCUCUCGCUGCUGCGUUUCUGGUGAAAUCUGAGAGUGAAUUUCGCGUUUCUCGUCCCGGUGGAUUUCGCUAGCUCCAGGGAGGCUCAAGAGGAGCAUGAGGCGGUGGCUUUUCAAACGCACGCUGCUGCGGCUGGGAUGGAUCUAAUCUGGAUUUCGUGUGGAUCUGACUUUUUUCAUUUCUAUGGGAAAUCGCACGAGAAAUCAUUCAUUUCGGAAAAAAUGAGAUCCACCUGAAACGCAAAGGGGAGAGCCACA